ACAACCAUAAAGCUGCGAAUCUAAAUUAAUUUUUCCGGCUUAACAGCUAAUUUUGAUAAAACCUUUUAUGUGUUCCGAGUUAGGGAUUUCCAGUUUGCCCCAGUAUCCCGACGUGUCGCUGUGUUGGCACCAUUGCAUCAUCCGCAAAUUUUGAGGUUGUGUUCGAUGCACCAUGAGUGCGGAAAAUAUGUGAUAUGUUAACUUAUAAAAAACAGGUGUAAUACGUAUAUUUAGCAAACAAAUUAUCGACAUGCCGGUGCAAGAAAUCCCACGUGUCCCGGAAACCAUCAACUUUUCCGAAGAAGAGGAAAAAAUCAUAAAAUAUUGGAAGGAAAUCGACGUGUUUGAGACAUGUUUGAAACAGUCUAAAGGAAAACCCAGAUUUUCUUUCUACGACGGACCACCAUUUGCGACCGGUUUGCCGCAUUAUGGGCACAUUCUUGCUGGAACGAUCAAGGAUGUGGUGACACGCUAUUCCCACCAACAGGGUUUCCACGUAGAAAGAAGAUUUGGGUGGGAUUGUCACGGUUUGCCUGUAGAAUAUGAAAUUGACAAGGCUUUAGAUAUUAAAGGCCCGGAUGAUGUAAUGAAGAUGGGUAUUGACAAAUACAACGCCGAGUGCAGGAAAAUCGUGAUGCGCUAUGCAAGAGAGUGGGAAAUCAUUAUAGGACGUAUUGGACGAUGGAUUGAUUUUAAAAACGACUACAAGACUUUGUAUCCCUCAUUCAUGGAAUCCGUGUGGUGGGUUUUCAAGCAAUUGUACUUAAAAGGUCUAGUGUACCAAGGAAACAAAGUCAUGCCGUACUCUACAACAUGCAACACCCCUUUGUCAAAUUUUGAGUCUGGUCAGAAUUAUAAAGACGUCGUGGAUCCCGCUGUCACCGUUAGUCUACCCAUAGUUGGUCACAAAGAUGGCGCUUCUCUUCUCGUGUGGACCACAACUCCAUGGACUCUCCCCAGUAAUCUAACAGCUUGCGUUAAUGCAGCCCUUCAAUACGCACUUUUCGAACAAGUUAGCACCGGCAAACGCUACAUCAUGCUUGAAUCUAGAAUAGAAACAAUUUUCCCACCUGAAGACUACAAAAUCUUGAACACAUUCCCUGGGAAAGAAUUAAAAGGGUUGCGAUAUAUACCCCCAUUCCCCUUCUUUGCACACUUAAAAGAUAAAGGUUUUCAAGUAUUGAACGACGAUUAUGUAACCGCGGAAUCCGGUACUGGCGUUGUCCACCAAGCUCCGUAUUUCGGCGAGGACGAUUACCGCGUUUGCCUGAAUGCCGGUAUUAUCACCAAGGAUCAAGAACCAGUCUGUCCUGUAGACGCCAGUGGUAGAUUUGUCAAACCCGUUGUGGAUUUUGAAGGUUUAUACGUCAAAGACGCCGACAAGAAAAUCAUCGCACAAUUGAAAGCAAGCGGUCGUUUAGUUCACCAAUCGCAGAUUAAGCACAGCUAUCCAUUCUGUUGGCGCUCUGACACUCCGUUGAUUUACCGGUCGGUACCAUCAUGGUUCGUUCGAGUUGAACAUAUGACGGAAGAACUGCAAAAAGCUAGCUCUGACACCUACUGGGUACCCGAUUUUGUUAAAGACAAGCGUUUUGGUAACUGGUUGCGUGAAGCGAGGGAUUGGGCUAUUAGUAGAAACCGGUAUUGGGGUACCCCUAUACCUAUAUGGAUCUCACCAAAAGGGGACGAAAUUCUUUGUAUUGGCAGCAUUGCGGAACUAGAGGAGUUAACUGGUCAGAAGAUCACUGACCUGCAUAGAGAAAGCAUUGACCAUUUGGAAAUUCCGUCGAAAAUCCCCGGCAAUCCCCCACUGAAACGAGUACCAGAAGUAUUUGAUUGUUGGUUUGAGUCGGGCUCUAUGCCUUACGCGCAAAAACACUACCCUUUCGAAUUUGUAAAAGAAUUUGAAGAGUACUUCCCUGCUGAUUUUAUAGCAGAAGGUAUAGACCAGACCAGAGGGUGGUUCUAUACUCUUCUUGUAAUAUCAACAGCGUUGUUUGGUAAAGCACCAUUCAAAAAUUUGAUUGCUAACGGGUUGAUUUUGGCAAGUGAUGGUCAAAAGAUGUCCAAAAGAAAGAAAAACUACCCAGAUCCUUUGGACGUAGUUUCGAAGUACGGCGCAGACGCUUUGCGUCUGUACUUAAUUAAUUCACCGGUAGUACGUGCCGAAAACUUGAGAUUUAAAGAGGAAGGAGUGCGUGAUGUUCUGAAAGAUGUAUUCCUACCUUGGUAUAAUGCGUUCCGUUUCCUUCUACAGAAUGUAGAGAGUUUCGUGCAAGAGCAGAAUCAACCGUUUUAUUACGUUGAAGGGAGUUUUACUCCCACUAAUAUAAUGGAUCAGUGGAUACUUUCUUUCACCCAGUCGUUACUAGACUACGUACGCAAGGAAAUGGGUCUUUACCAUCUAUACACUGUUGUUCCUAGACUCACCAAAUUUAUAGAUUACUUAACCAAUUGGUACGUGAGAAUGAAUAGAAAACGUCUAAAGGGCGACGGCGGAGUGGAUGAUUGUAAGACCGCUCUUCUAACUCUAUUUGAGGUUCUACUAAACAUCGUAAAAAUGAUGGCACCAUUUUCGCCUUUCCUAUCAGAAACCAUGUAUCAAUAUUUGAAGAAAUUGAUGAAAACAUCAGCUGAUAGUGUCCAUUAUUUGAUGCUACCAACGCCCAAUAACUCUCUUAUAAACAAAGAUAUAGAAAGAGCAGUUGCUAGAAUGCAAAGUGUUAUAGAACUGGGACGAGUACUCCGUGAUAGAAAGACCAUCCCAAUUAAGUAUCCGCUACCGGAAGUCAUAGUAGUCCAUCAGGAUCCUCAAUACAUCUCAGACAUACUAUCUUUGAAAGACUACAUCCAUCUUGAACUUAACGUCCGUACUAUUAAUACCACAACUGAUAAGAGCAAAUAUGGAAUCACUCUAAGAGCAGAGCCUGAUUAUAAAAUUUUAGGAGCGAGGCUCAAACAAGAACUUAAAGUAGUUACUGCGGCAAUCCAAGCUUUGACUGAUGUCGAAAUUAACGAAAUGGUUAAAGCUGGAUAUCGCGUAGUCGCGGGUCAACGUAUUGAUAUAUCUGAGGUCAGAUUGAUCUUCAAGUCUGAGAGUAUCAGCACUAGUCAGUAUGAAGUAAACAGCGAUAACGAUGUUCUCAUUCUUUUGGAUGUAACUCCAGAUAGUUCAAUGCAGGACGAAGGUACAGCUAGGGAAAUAAUAAAUCGUAUUCAGAAAUUGCGAAAGAAAGCCCAUCUUGUACCCACAGAUCAAAUAUCAGUAUUCUAUAAAGCCACUGGUGAUAUUGAUAGAGUCGCUAAAUCUUACGCCGAAUUUAUCGAGAAUACUAUAAAAGCGUCGUUCAAACCUCUCGACGAAAAACAAGGUUCUGAUAAUUUAAUAAUUGAAGAUUCUCAACAGUUGAAGAAUUGUAGCUUGCAGUUGGUUUUGACUAAACAUGUAGACGUGAUAAUACCUACCAGUAAAUGGGUAAAUAUUCAGCUGGUCGGUGUUGAAGCUAGAUUUUGUAAGGGCGCCACCAAAGCUUUAGCACUAUUGGAAAUAGGAAAUAGCCCAGUGACACUCCAAGAGUUGCGUUCGUCCGUUUUUCGUUUGUUUGGAAUUGAUAACUGCAAGUUGCUGAAAAACAACGGAAAGGAAGUGAACGAGCAGGAUUUGCAGACUUUGUCAGGACGAACGAUUUUUGUCGUGCCUGUAAAUAAAGAAACCGAGUUGCCUGAAGUUGACGAAUUACCGUUUUGUAAAGUAUUUAAUUUCGUGGAACAAAACGUUAGCGGAACUCUGAUUCUGGAGAAUCCUGCAGGCGUGGAAAAUUUGAGCGAGAAGGAUUGUAAAGAUAUUAUCAACCAGUGGGUGAAGGUUGCUAAAGAAGUCAAAUAAUUUAUGAUUGUCAUUUUGUAAUUUUUGUUUUGAUUUUUGCAGAAUUUGCGUUGAGUUUCAUUAUUUAUAUUUGUAUUUUCGUCGACUUUCAAUAAAAAAAAUUAAUUGUA